AUGCCCAGUUGCGCCAUAGUAAACUGUAAAAACUCUACAAAUACCGCUCGAGCCGGUCGUGAUAAAGGAAAUAUCUCCUUUCAUCGGUUUCCUAGAGACCCCAAAGUCAAAGAUAAAUGGAUUGAAGCGACGGGGAAUAAAGAUUGGUUUCCAACAAAACACAGUCGCAUUUGUUCUAUACAUUUUAACGAAUACGACUUUACGGAAACGAAUAAGUUUCGACGACUGCAUACACUAGCAAUACCGACUAUUGAUGUACUGAAAACGUCAAAUAACAAUGAAAUCAUCCAUCAACCAACGACAUCAAAAGAGAAUGCGCCAUUGAAUAUACCCAAGAAAAGAAAUUUUGUACACAAACUGAUUCUUGCUCAACAAACAAUUUUAGAGAAAAACAAGCAAAUAAAGCGGUUGAGGGAACAGAAUCGUCGCAAAGAUAAAAAGAUACUCACACUACUGGCGGCGCGUGAAAUCGACUUCAUCCGGUAUGAAGACUGGCCCUCCUCCAAUCCAGAUUUGAGUCCGUUAGAUUACAAGAUAUGGCAACACUUGGAGGAAAAGGCGUGCUCAAAGUCUCAUCCCAAUUUGGAGUCACUCAAAACAUCCUUGAUUAAGGCAGCAGCCGAUAUUGACGUGGACCUCGUUCGUGCUGCCAUAGACGACUGGCCGCGCAGAUUGAAGGCCUGUAUUCAAAAUCAAGGAGGUCAUUUUGAAUAA